AUGCCGCAAAUUUAUAAUACCCCAGAAUUUUUGCUUGCUCGCUCGGAUUCCAGAAAUCCAGCAACCACAUGUAGAGGCAUUACUGGCCAAGGCCGGCCUUGUCGCCGCUCCUUGGCGCCUUCUGAAACCCCGAGUCCAGCAUCAACUCCUCGAAAGAGUAAUCAGCAGGCCGGUGUGCCAGAUUUGGCCUCUUUAUACUGCUGGCAGCAUAAGGACCAAGCUGUUUCGUCAACACCGAGCAGCGCUCCAACUACUAUAUCGGCCAAGCCGAAUCGGAAGUCCAGCAUCGACACACUAAUGGAUCGACUCGGUGUUCUCGAAAUCAAAGAUGAAAAACCGGCUCCAAAUGGACGCAAGCCACGCCCAAAGCAAACUUUUUGCUGUUUCACUAUCGCUGAGGACGAAGAGGACCGUCGCCCAGCUAGACCGGUACAAAAACCCAUGCAAACUCGGCCAUCGCAAAGUACAAGACCAUCUACGCAAAAUUCAAACCAAAAUGUACAGCGUCCACAGUAUGAAAGUGUCUCCUCGGCUUCACAGACAGCUUUGAAGCCUCCUGUCCCAAAUAUACGCCAAUCUUCAUCGUCGUCACAAACCAAGUCCCUGCUAUCGUGGAUUCCCUCGACACUGUCUCCGAAAACAACAUCUGUGCUUCUUACUGAACUAGCAAAGCCUAUCUCCGAUGCCGAUGACGACGGAUAUAUUUAUAUGUUCUGGUUGACACCGCAAACCUCAGCAACACGCAGCGCUACACAAGAUCCACUACCGAGAGACAUUGCAUCUUCGCUACUCCCAUCAGCACCAUCGGGCAACAGUAAUUUCCGACCUCCAUCUCAGCCUCGCAGUAUCAGCGAUGCUAUCAAUGCCGCGCGUGAUCUUAACGCUCUAACCUCAAACCCGACAUCAACGACGCCGGGGACACUCCGAUUGAAAAUUGGUCGCACAAAUAAUGUGCAUAGAAGGAUGAAUGAAUGGACGCGACAAUGCUCGUACGAUCUUACUUUGAUCCGCUACUACCCUUAUACACAUGAUGCAUCUUCAUACACUUCUUCAUCACCGGCUACAGCUAUGGUACCAGGUCGGAAAGUACCGCAUGUGCAUCGCGUGGAACGGCUGAUUCACCUUGAGUUGGGGGAAAUACGGAUACAUGACUUGGGGAAGUGUCCAGAAUGUGGGAAGGAGCAUCGAGAGUGGUUUGAGGUUGAAGCAGCGAAAGAGGCACUGCAAACUGUUGAUGAAUGUGUGCGUCGAUGGGUUUCUUGGGCAGAGUCUGUAAAAUAA